CCCACGGAGUGUAACGUCCUUGAACCUGUUCUGUGCAGUCAACUGCCUGGAUCAGCACGUCUGGAAGUCCCCGGAGAGCGUCGCUUUGAUCUGGGAGCGCGAUGAGCCUGGAACCGAAGUGAGGAUCACCUACAGGGAACUGCUGGAGACCACGUGCCGCCUGGCCAACACACUCAAGAGGCAUGGAGUCUGCCGAGGGGACCGCGUGGCCAUCUACAUGCCCGCCUCCCCGCUGAGCGUGGCGGCGAUGCUGGCCUGUGCUCGGAUCGGAGCCAUCCACAGCGUGGUCUUUGCUGGCUUCAGUGCAGUGUCUCUGACGGGCAGGAUCAAUGACGCCAAGUGCAAGGUGGUCAUCACAGUCAACCAGGCGCUGCGGGGCGGGCGCGUGUUGGAGCUGAAGAGGAUCGUGGAUGAGGCCGUGAAGCACUGCCCGAGCGUCCAGCACGUGAUGGUGGCCCACAGGACGGACCGCAAGGUGCACAUGGGGGACCUGGACAUCCCCCUCGAGCAGGCAAUGGCCAAGGAGGAGCCUGUGUGCGCCCCGGAGAGCAUGGGCAGCGAGGACAUACUCUUCCUGCUGUACACCUCGGGGAGCACCGGGAAGCCCAAGGGACUCGUGCACACGCAGGCGGGCUACCUGCUGUAUGCCGCCCUGACGCACCGGCUGGUGUUUGACUACCGUCCAGGCGACAUCUUCGGCUGUGUGGCCGACAUCGGCUGGAUCACAGGACACAGCUACGUGGUGUACGGGCCCCUCUGCAAUGGAGCCACCAGCGUCCUUUUUGAGAGCACUCCAGUGUACCCUGACCCCGGUCGGUACUGGGAGACGGUGCAGAGGCUGAAGAUCACUCAGUUCUACGGCGCCCCCACGGCCGUCCGGCUGCUGCUCAAGUACGGGGACUCCUGGGUGAAGAAGUACGACCGCUCCUCCCUGCGGACCCUGGGCUCAGUGGGAGAGCCAAUCAACCAGGAGGCCUGGGAGUGGCUGUACGACGUGGUGGGGGACAGACGGUGCACGGUGGUGGACACCUGGUGGCAGACAGAGACGGGUGGCAUCUGCAUCUCCCCGCGGCCCUCGGAGGAGGGGGCAGAGAUCAUACCCGCCAUGGCCAUGAGGCCUUUCUUUGGCAUCGUCCCUGUCCUCAUGGAUGAGCAGGGAAAUGUCGUGGAGGGCGGGGACGUCUCUGGGGCUCUGUGCCUCUCCCAAGCCUGGCCGGGCAUGGCCAGGACCAUCUUCGGAGACCACCAGAGAUUCCUGGACGCCUACUUCAAGGCUUAUCCAGGCUACUACUUCACCGGGGACGGCGCCUACCGGACCCCGGAAGGCUACUACCAGAUCACAGGGCGGAUGGACGACGUGAUCAAUAUCAGUGGCCACCGGGUGGGGACGGCCGAGAUCGAGGACGCUCUGGCUGACCACCCUGCGGUGCCGGAGACGGCCGUCAUCGGCUACCCCCAUGACAUCAAGGGAGAAGCCGCGUUUGCCUUCAUCGUGCUGAAAGAGGACGCGGGUGACGCAGACACGGUGAUGAAUGAGCUCCGGUCCGCGGUGGCCACCAAGAUUGCCAAGUACGCGGUGCCCGAUCAGAUUCUGGUAGUGAAACGUCUUCCAAAGACGCGGUCUGGGAAAGUCAUGCGGAGGCUCCUGAGGAAGAUCAUCACGGACAAGGCCCAGGACCUGGGGGACACCACCACGCUGGAGGACCCCAGCGUCGUCACAGAGAUCCUGAGUGCCUACCACAAGUACAAAGACAAGCAGGCGGCCGGCCCGUGACGGGCUUUGCCGAGACCCGGCGCCAACCUGUGCUCCAGACACAGCUCCAAGCUGGGAGAUUCCUGGCCAUCCCAUGUGUGUCCCCCCAGCACAGAGCCCACACCGCCCUUAAUGUGAAGUCCCAACGUCCCCGCCUUCCCUCCCCUGGAGAGUCCUUGGCGAGGCCCCCUCAGCAGUGGGGAGCUUCUUUCCACUUGCCCCGACCUGGGUUUCCUGGGGGGAAGCUGCUGUCACCUCGUCCCCAUGUCCUCUCCAGACAGCGUGGGAAGGCGGGGCACCUGGUGCAAGUGCCUGCUCAGAUGACUGGGAACGAGAAGCAGUCAUUUCCCCCCAGGUGUUUCUAGGAACGAAAGGGAGAAAUCUUACUAUUCUUUUACAUUUUAGAGGAAUGGUGCAGACACACGUGCAGUGUGUGGUUCACUUGUACACUCUAACAGUUACGAAAAGCUACUUUUUCGCCUCUGCUCGUGGGGAAACGUGCACUUUUAGGUACUGUUUGGCAUAUUUGAAAUAUGAAUUGCAAAUGUUUGUACCUCUGAACACAGCUGUCUUGAGACCUUUCAAGCCU